ACUAAACACAUGCUUUCAAAAUUAGAUACCAGUCUUUAAAAACUCAAUUGAAUAACGCGUUUCCCUGAUAAACACCAAAACAUUCGGAAACAAUCGAGCGAUGCAAUACUAAAACCGGCGUAGGUAUUACAAGCAUGUGUGUCAAGGCAUAUAGUUUUAUAAUUAUAAUAUUAACAAUAAAAAUAACAAUUUUAUUUCAACUUGUUCCAAGUAUUUAUGGGAAAUGUGGAUGUCAUAAAGCUUCUGGACAAGGAUUCUUUGCACAAGAGCGUCAAGCUAUAAAUAAUUUUGAGCCCUUAUCAAAGAACAUUCAUGAUGGAAGUCCUAGUACUGCAUCUGUUCCAUACUCGGUGCCAAAUUUUAGAAUACUUCUUUUUGAGCCAGCAUUUCUUGAUUUCAAAGAACAGCCUGUUGGAAUGCCUAAUGUACGACCGGUUAUGCUUUCUAAUCCAAGUGAUAAAAAUGAUAUAGAAAUUGCAGCUGUUAUUGUGCAGCCUCCAUUUCAUUCUUCAAAGUUUCAAAAAAUAGUUCUUGCACCUCUAAAAAAUAUAACUAUAGAUUUGGUAUUCUUAGCUACAAUUCUAGGAAAUGUGGAAAAUACUGUCUAUAUAUAUACUUCAAAAGGAAAUUUUCCUUAUCAGGUAUUUGGUGUUGGAAUAAAAAAUCCAUAUAGAUUACGAUCAUAUGUAUCAGCACGUAUACCAGUCAAUGCAGUAUUUUCUCCUUAUAUAAAUAUGUAUAAUCCAUAUAGUAAUUCUAUUCAAAUAAAUGAAAUGUAUUCAAGUGGGAAUGAUCUCCAUUUGGAUCCACUCUCAAACAGUAACUACAGUAGUGUAAGCAAGUUAUGGGAAAUACAACCUUAUGAAACAAAGUCUAUUAUGAAAGCCACUUAUCAUUCGAAAGAAGAAGGGCAUUCUGCUCGCUUCAUUCGUAUUGUUGUAGGUCCACCAGCUCCUCCUCAUAUAAUUAUAUUGCCUUUUGAAAUUAGUGUUUCAAGCAAACAUGGUUUAUAUACAAGUAUUGAUAUAUUGGACUUUGGAACUCUGAGAACAAUGGAUGAGCCAAAAUCUCUUAAUCUCAAUGUUAUAAAUUAUGGCAACAGAUCUUUGCAAAUAACGUCUAUACAAGUGGUUCCUCCAAAUAGUGCUAUUAGCAUACAGUUUUCUCCUCUUGUAUUGAAGCCUACGAAAAAGUAUACAAAAAUAGCAAUUGUUAGUUUUUUAGCUUUAAAUUCAACUCAUAGAAGACAGAAUAGUGGUAAAAUAGUUGUAUCUACAGCAGAUGAUUCAAUAAAGUUAGAACUUCAGUACCAUGCUGAUGUUUUAUAUGGGACUCUAGCAUAUUCUUUUGGUAAUGCAUCAUUUUUUACUGGAAAUUCUCCUUCUUCGCAGCCAUUAGCAAUCACAAAUACUUUUAAUGUUUCACUUGUCAUAUAUAAUGCAACACUUUCCCAAGAAAUUCAAAACAUAUUUUAUAUUUCUAAUUUUGAGCCACCAGUACUAAUACCACCUGGAAUACUUCUCUCUCCACUAACUAUAAAUUUUAUAGCAAAUCAUUCAUCACUGUCUAUUUCUUCUGUAUUAAGACUGUAUACUAAUGCUUCGAUAUUCACUAUACCAGUGAGCUGUUAUAAUGGAAAACUUGAGUACCAUAUUGAUAGCGCAAGUACAAACAAAAGUUUACUUGAUUAUGGUACUGUUGGAAUUUACGAAAAUCGAAGUUUACUCUUCACUAUCGAAAACAAUAAUCCGAUUGAGGUAUUGGUCAAAGAAUAUAAAACUGAUUUUGAGUUUGGUCGUUUAAGUCUUCUUAAUGUGAGAAGCUCCACUAAGAUGAACAAUAAAAUGAAUAUAGAAAAUAAUACAGUAUAUUCUGAACAGAAAUGGGAAAAGCAUGAGUUUGUUUUAAAACCAAGUUUUGCUGCUACAUUUACUCUUGAUACAACUGCUACUCAAAAAGAAGGAGUUUUCCAAGGACAUGUGGUUAUUGAAACUUCAUAUGAGAACAUAACAAUACCAGUUAAUGCAAAAAUGGUUAGAGGAGAACUUUUAGCAAGACCCAAGAAAAUAAAGAUAGAUAAAGCUUUUCCUGGGCGUUCUGAAAAUUAUCCUAUAUCAGUAGAAUCAACAUUUGAAUAUCCAAUAAGGUUAAAAAAUAUAACCAUAUAUCCUCCAGAUUUCAGGUUUGAACUGGUGCUUCCAGAUUUGUUACCUGAAAUAUUGCCAAAAGAGAAGACUCAUCUUGGCUGGCUGAAAUUUGAUCCAUUUUAUGGCGACAUAAAGCAAUGUUACACUUGCAUAUGUGAAAUUGAUCCUGCAUGUGAGCAAUGGCAUCAUAGUAUUCAGUUACCUUCAAAUGCAUGGGAGAUGGACUUCAAUUUAUUAGAAAAGCUAAGGAGAAAAUGGGAUAAUUUUGAAAGUAUGCACAAAUCAAGCUUUAAUACAUCAAUAGUACUUGAUUCCUCAAUAGUUAAAAGUUACACUGUGCCGAUUCAGGUAUCAUUGGCAUGGCCUUCUUUGGUUGAUCAAUCAAUAAAAUUUCCAUGUACUCAAGUUGGAAACUAUUCUUUUGAAGAUAUAUUAAUUACAAAUCCAUCAAAUCAUCCUUUAAUUGUGCAAGUUAUCCCCUUGUUAAAUUACCCUCAACCUGAUGGAGGCUUGGAUCUGCUAUCAGACAGAUUAAUUAUGGAUUCUUUUUCACUCGAUUUAAAUGGACAAUCAAACUUUUUUAUACCAGAAAUUAAGGAUGGAAAUCAAGAUCAUAAAAUGAUUCAUUCUGCAUUAGGUGUUUACCCAUCUCCAAAUAGUUUAACAAUGUUGCUUGAGCCAAGGCAAAAAAAAUCUUUCAAAGUCGGUUUUAUUCCAGUUGAUGAAACAUUGAAAACUUCAAUCUUAGUUGUUCGAAAUAAUUUAACAGUUCUUGACUUGGUAAUAGUUAGUGGCCAAGGAGCUCAAACAUACUUUAGCAUUAAUGGGCAUACACCUGGAGAUAAGAAUUCUAUUUUACAUUUUGAGAUUAAGCCUGUUCACCUGGAAGACUGUAAAAAGUCAACUCCUAAAGCUCGUCUAUAUCCUUCAUUUACUGUAAAACGAUCAUUUACAGCUACCAACUAUGGCCAGCUUCCUGUUCAUAUUGCUUAUAUGAAUAUUAACAGUUAUGAAUGCGAAGGUUUUGGGUUUCGUAUUCUAAAUUGUGAACCUUUUGUUCUUGCUCCAAACUCUUCUCAUAAGAUUGAUAUAUCUUUCUCACCUGAUUUUACAACUUCUCGUGUUGCAAGAACAUUGAAAAUAGUUACUUCAAUCGGUCAAACAAUGGAUUUUGCUCUUCUAGCAACCCUUCCUCAUCAUUUAUUGCCAUUAUGUGCUGAUGCACUUCCUCGUCCAUUCUGGGAGCCAUAUUUGCAUGUUGUAGCAACUGUUGUUAUGUCUGCAAUAUUUAUUUUUAUAAUAUUUUUUGCAUAUUUUGAUGCUCAAAAGUAUGUAGUUCAGUGUACUUUUACUGCUGGUCGUAGUUCUACUUUGGAAAAAAAUAUUGAUCUAUAUACUCCUGGAAAAGUGUUUGAUUUAAAUGCCAUAGCUGGAGUCAAAGUCAGAAUAACUGAUAAAAAAGAUAAAUAUAAUGAAACAAAGCUACAUCAGCGAGCUUCCAAAUCUAACAGUUGUCCUGUGUCUAAAGUUAAUAACCAACCAGUUCUAAAACGCAGUGAUUCAAUAACAUCUAUAUCAUCUUCUUGUACUCGUGAAAAUUCUACCCAAUUUUCAGACUCUAGUAACUCUUCAUCUCGUAAAAAUUCAAAUGCAAACAGUCCACAGCCUUGUAUAUUAGAGCUAAAGCCAGAUACUAAAUUAGAAAGUAAACGCAGUAAAAGAAAAAUUGUUGAUUUAAAUAAAAGCCAUACUAAGUGUGAAACUAGUGAUUCUAUUAUUAUAACAGAAGAAAUAAAUAGUUCCUGGGAACAGAAUCUAGUUGAAAAAACAGUUGACCAAAAAAAACUAAAAAGUAAGUCUGAUAAUGAAGAUAGUCAAAAGACAAAAAAAAAAAUGCAGCAUAUUAAAAAAGAAACAGUUAAACAUUUUCAAAAAGAAGUUGUAAUAAACAAAUUAGAUGAAAAUAUGUUUGUAGAAAAAUCUCCUGGUUUUAAAACUGUUGAAAAUAAAGCAAAACCCAAAAAACGAACUGACAUAGCAGCAGCACCAUAUUAUACUCCUCCUGGAAAUACACUAGAUAAACUUGAUGAAAUAUCUCUUUCUGGACCUCGACCUGAUGGUAAAGAGAAUCAAAAAAAAUCUGAAAAAUUUAUAAAAUCUGAACCUCAAAAAGUUUAUAAACAACCAGCUGUGUCUCGUAAAAAAACUUCAAAUCAAUUUGAUAGAGACCGAUUAAUAAUGGACACUCCUUCUUCACCACAUGCAAUUGCAGCAGCUAUUGUGGAUGCUGCACUUAUUAAGUCUCAACCAAAAAAAAAGAACAAAGAUAAAGGCAGUGAAGAAGUUAGUUUUUGCAACCAUAGCGAAUCUAAACUCAAUGAAAAAGGUAGAUCAUCGACAUCAUCUUUAAUACAUGAUUCCUAUUUACCCACAAGCUGUAAAAAUUCACCCCGUUUUAACGAUGAUUUUAAACAACCCUUGAAUGAUUCUUCAUCAAACAAGACUAAGAAAAAAGAUCAAAGUUGGACGUCUUACUUUAAACGGUUUGGGAUCGGUUACAGAGAUGAAUUAUCGCCUGAUGAAGUUAGUAAAGGAAAUUCAAUGUUUUAUUACGAUAACUUAAGUAGCCUUCGCGCCAGUAAGCAACCAAAAUUUGAUGGCACUUAUCAAAAAUUACCAGAAAACAAUGAAUUACCCAUCGCUAGUAAUCUCUCGCCUGAUAGUGUUGAAUUUGUUCCUGCAUCACAACGAAUAAAUAAAGUUGUUGGUUCGAAUCUGGCUAAACAUACUUCAUGGACUUCCGCUGAUGAUUCUGAAGCAUUCCGACCUCCCCCUGGUUUAACCCAUCCUAAUUCACCCGUUCUUACACACUCUAACAAUAUUUGGAGUAGUAACGAGUUUUUAUCUAGUCCGUGUUUAGUUAAUAGUCCACAUUGUGCACCGGAAAAUGAUAGAUGGCUUCAGAAAACUUUAUGUGAUUAUCCUCUCGAUGGUAGCUAUAGUAGUUUGCUUAGUGGCAGUCGUAACCGAAGUAAGUUUGGAUUUGAUUUAUUGGUACAAGAAGAUGACCCGGCAAUAUGGGAAAGCAAAAAGAGUGAAUUUUCUACUAACACGGACUUUUGGAGUACAAGUUUAAAAAGAUCGUCAAUAUGGGACGCUCCUGAGCUGCCAUUAAAUACUUCGCCAAGAAACCGUUUAAGACUUGAUCUCAGUUCUAUUACAGAUGUUGGUAGCCGGAAUGCCAAUAGCCCAAUAAGUCCUUUUAAUAUUUGGGGUUCGAAUGUUGAUUCUGCUACUCCUUAUGAAGGAUGGAAUCAAGACAUUAAAGAAGAUUGAUCAGGCAUUGCAAUAAUUUUACCUUAUUAAUACAACAACGCACAUGGCGCCAUAAUCUGGCGCGAAUCAAGAUUUUUAGCGAGUUUUUGUAUUAAAGUAUGCCUAUUACUUACAUGCGAUGUAAUCCAAAACUUGAGAUUGUUUCCCUAAAAUUCUUUCUGUGUUUUUUAAAGUUAAGCCUUCUUCUUGGCUACUUUUUUUCAUAAAAAUAUCAGUUUAAACAUGCGAGUUUUGCAGCCUUAAAACCUUUUUUAGACGAUUUUUUUUACUUUUAGGUUUGUAGUUUUUUAGAUGGCCAUAUUGGCUGUUCGGUAGUUUUUAUGGAAACAUUAUUUAUUUCUUGCUGAAAGUCGUACUCUUUUACGCAAACAAAAACAAAAAAUAAAAAAAUAGAAGAUUUUAUUGAAAAUAUAAA